AUGAGGUUUGAGAACGUUCUUACUGAUAUUAAUGGCUUUGGAAGAUUUCAGAUUAUGAUCAUUGCAUUCAACUUCCUCGGUCGCUUCACACUCCCCUGCCACUUCAUGCUGAACAAUUUCAUAGCAGCAGUACCUGAUCACCACUGUGACGUCGGCUCUCUGGAUGAUGAAGUUGUUUUYAUGAACUUAUCCCAGGAACAAAAAGUUAUUGUUAGUAUUCCGAUCCAGGAGGAUGGGAGCCUGAGCUCCUGUCAAAUGUUUGCAGAGCCACAGUAUCAUCUGCUGUUCAACUCCUCUAACUUCACCAAUGUGCCCACUACUGAGUGCAAUGAUGGAUGGGUGUACGAUAAUACAACCUUCAAGUCAUCUAUAACCUCAGAGUGGAACCUGGUGUGUCAUAGACGAGGCAAAAAUAAAGUAACUACUACCAUCUUUUUCAUUGGAGUCAUGCUUGGAGCCGUGUGCUUUGGAAGUCUAAGUGACAGGUUUGGUCGAAGGAUCAUGCUGCUGGUGUCGUAUGUGUCUGCACUUCUCUUCGCCGUCACAACUGCUUUUUCGACGACAUACGAGAUGUUUGCAGUGCUGAGGUUCUUAACGGGGUUUUGCAUCACUGGCAUUGUCAUCAUCUCAACAGUCCUCAGUGUGGAGUGGGUUGACAUAAAGCACAGGAAAAUGGUGGGAAUGUUGGAUAGUUUGUCCUGGACAUUUGGAAGCGCUGUAUUUGCAGCCAUUGCCUAUUUUGUGACUGAGUGGCGGAGUCUGAUUGUUGUUGUUUCAUCACCUUUAAUCUUGUCCAUCAUUACUUGGCGGUGGAUGCCAGACUCGGCUAGGUGGCUCAUCGCCAACGGAAAACUAGAGCGAGCUCAGAUGUAUUUGAAGAAAUGUGCCGAGAUGAAUCACAGAGAGGAGUUCAAUCACACACUUAAAACAGAGACAUUAUCCACUAUUGUGGUGACAGAGAAGAAAGACAGAACCUAUUCCUACUUUGACCUGAUAAGAACACCUAAUAUGAGGAAACUGGCCCUGCGUACUGGCCUGUUAUGGUCUGUAUACCCUAUGAAUUAUAUUUUAAUGAGCACAGGUUACCCUAAAAUUGAGAUAAAUAUUGAUUAUGUCAUAAUUUCUAUGCCCAGGCUUUUCAUAGCAACUACAUUUUACGGCAUCAGUUUCAACAUAGCAGGUUUUGGCCUGAACAUCUACCUCACUCAGUUUAUCUACGCUUCAAUCGAGCUGCCGGCCAAAGUGUCCGUUUACUUUUUACUGGAUAAAAUAGGCAGGCGGUGCACUGAGGUGGGAGCUCUGUUGUUGGCUGCCCUCUGUCUGGGGAUCAACAUUGUGAUGCCAAAAGAUAUGUCUGUAGCCAGAACAGUUGUUGCUGUUGUUGGAAAAGGGUUUUCUUCAGCAUCUUUUGCAACUAUUGUGCUGUACAGUUCAGAGCUGUAUCCAACUGUCGUCAGGCAGAACGGAUUGGGUUUUAACUCCUUUAUGGCUCGGUUCGGUGUAGCCAUGGCUCCUCUGAUCCUUUUGCUGGACGAGGUCUGGAAGGAGCUGCCGCAGGUGGUCUUGUUCUCCACGGCCGUGCUCGGCGGCUUGGUAGCAAGAACGCUGCCAGAGACUCGCAACAGGUGCUUGCCAGAGACCAUAGAGGAUAUUGAAGAGAGAAGGUAGAAGAGGGUGCGAAGACGAGUUCACAUUUAAUUUAGGAGUAAUUUUAAUAACUGCUGAAUUAUGACUGUUGUAGAUAYUUUAACUAUCUACAACAGGUAARCUAUUAAUUGUUCACAAGCUUUCCAUAGAACCCAACUUCAACAGAUUUCAACUAUCUCAGACUGAGUGACUCAUGUUGUAAGGCAGAUGUUGGCAACUAUUAAUGGGUCCUAACUUUUAAAACUUUUGUUUUUCCUUUUAACCUUCUGUUUUUUAUUUAUUUCAAGGUUUAAUCAUCUACUGUAAUCUGGAAAUCCAUCAGUAAAUGAGAUGUAUAAAACAUGCUUAAUUAUGAUAAAAAUAGAUUUAAAAACACAAAUGUGCUUGAAACCUUUUUUUUUGUCUCUACAGUUGAAAAUGACAAAAAUUGAAGCAACACUUUGUCUGAACAGUAGAUGAUAUAAGCUGAGGUCAAUGUUAACAGAAGUAACACAAUUUGAAGUUUAACCAGCUUAUAAAAUCAAAUUAUACAUUAAAUUAAAAAAGCAGCAAGGAAGAAAAAAAAGGUAGCAGAAAGUGCAAAAACACACUUUCUUCAAAAGACAGGUCUAACGGGCUUCACUUAUUGAUUUAUAAACAAAAAUAAAGUCAAAGCUCCUUUAUUAAAGAAACAAAGCAAGCACAAAUUUUGUUUCAGCUCCAAACUUUGAUGGAAAUCUAACCACGUUUUUUAUGACCCGUUUCUGAUCAUUUCUUUUGAAAAAUCGUAUUAGCUGGRGUCUAAUAACUGCUGCUGAGAGUUCAUCUGACAUUAUGACACCUACUUACAGAAAUGACAUUGACGGGGAAAGGCAAAAGAAAACAACUUGUAAAAAUCAAAAAGCCAACUGUUUAACAUGAAGAUACAGAGAUACAGAAAGAC